UGUUAUAACUGCCCUUGGUCUGCGCUGUUUGAAGUGAAGGAAAUGAUUGCCUUCAUUUGCUUCUCUCAACCCGCAGGGUGUCCCACUGAGGUUCUGGACGAAAAGCAUUAGAAGACCACUAAGAAAGGAAAGAUAUGUUCCUUUGAUUCUCUCUGAAUUUUGCAAAGGUAUAGAGUCAAAUUCAAACAGACUGCAAGAAACAAUAUGGCUGAUAAUGGCAUUUCCCACCAUAGUUCUAGCAAUGUUAAUGACACAUUGACGACACUCAUCAUGCGUGUGGUUUUGAAUCCUCCUGAUGACCUCCCCAAAGUCAUUUUUGUAUUGUCUCUCAUUUGUACUAUUGGAGCAUUUUUGAACAUGCAUUUCAAAGUCUUUCUAAUUCCUCUCCCGGUGAUAUUAUUUUUACUUGGAUGCGGUCUUGAAAUACUAAGUUUUACAUCUUUUGAGAUCCAAAAAUAUGCAGAUGCCAUACAAUGGAUAAAUCCAGACUUAUUUUUUGGUAUAUUCAUACCAGUAAUUAUGUUUAAUGUUGCAUUUGACAUGGAUGUAUACAUGCUUCAAAAGUUAAAGUGGCAGUUAUUUUUAAUUACAAUUCCUGGCUUUGCGAUUAAUUACAUGUUAAUUUUUUGGUAUCUGCUAUCUGUGAAUAAAUUACUUUUGAAACCCAUCCAACUGUCACUAUUUUCAUCUAUCCUUAUGAGCGCAGAUCCCAUGGUAACUGCAGCUGCCAUAAAAGAUCUUGGUCUUUCUAGAAGCCUCAUCAGUUUAAUUAAUGGAGAAUGUGUGAUAAACUCUGUGAUGGCGUUGAUUGUAUUUACUACCACUAUGGAUAUUAAUGACAGGAGACAGCGCAAAGCCACCUAUAGCUUAACCAAUGAUAUUAUGAUAGCAGUUUGGACAGAUCUUAUAGGAAGUCUCUUGUUUGGAAUUUUCAGUUCAAAACUAAUUCAAUCCUGGAUGGCUGACAUUUGUUUUGAUGAUGUCAAUUACACAAUUGUCAUCUUUGCAGCUCUGUACCUCAUCUAUUUCAUUUGUGAGUUCGUUAGAGUGUCUGGAAUGUUCACUGUCGCCUCUAUAGGACUUUUUUUAAAUUCUACGAGUUUUAGACCACUGAUUGGAUCCUUCCUGUUUGAAUUCUGGGAUUGUCUAGCAUUUGUUGCUUUUCUUAUGGUGUUUACGUUCAGUGGACUUCUGAUUCCUGCAGAUACAUAUUUGUAUAUAUCAUUUUCGGACAUUUAUUAUUCAUUAAAUAUCUACUUGACACUGCUCGUUUUCAGACUUCUGCUGUUUCUAUUAUUGACCCCAAUUUUGUCUCGGUUUGGUCUUGGGUUCAGCUGGCGUUGGGCAUUCAUAAUGGUCUGGAGUGAAAUGAAAGGAAUCCCUAACAUAAACAUGGCCCUUCUGUUUGCUUAUGCUGACCAUACUUUUGGAUCUGAGAGAGAAAAAUCGCAGGUUCUGCUUCAUGGAGUGACAGUGUGCUUUAUUAGCAUGAUUGUCAACCAUUUCAUUUUACCAGUGGCAGUUUCUAAGCUGGGUCUUCGUGAUGCUGCAUCAACAAAAUAUAAAUCAAACCUUCAUACCUUUCAGCGCUUUCAAGAACUAAUCAAGUCUACAGCUUCCACACUCAAAUUCGACAAAGAUCUUGCUAAUUCUGAGUGGAACAUGGUGGACAAGGCAAUUGUACUUCAAAACCCGUUUGCAUUGAGUCAGGAAGAAACAACGGAACAUGAGAAGUUGAAAUGUCCAAGCUGUAACAAGGAAAUAGACGAGGCCCUCACCAUCGAAGCAAUGGAUAUGGCCAGCAGUCUCCUUCUGUCUGCACAAAUAGCAAGCUACCAAAGACAAUACAGGAGUGAGAUUUUGACCCAGAAUGCAGUCCUGGUGUUGGUAGGUGCCUCCGAAUGCUUUGCUGAGAAGAAGGGAGAAUAUAUAAGUCUUGAAACAAUAAAGAAAUAUUCUGAAAGCAAAAACCUGCUUGGUGUCCUGAGAAAAAUACUGCUCAAUUUGCUAUAUAAUACUAAAAAAGAUAAAGCCCCCCCGUCAAAAUAUCGCUUCCUUCGUAUAUGCCAUAAGAUAGUAUCUAUUGAUGAAUUUGAGUAUAUUGGAUUCCUUGCAAUACUAAUGAAUAUAUUUCCUAUUGUCAUCUCCUGGGUACCUUUGCUAAAUAGCAUCUAUGGCUAUGAAAUAAGAUAUGCUAAUGACUUUUUCCUUCUAUUGUAUAUUCUAGAGGCUGUACUUAAGAUGGCAGCCUUGCAAAAGGAAUAUUUUUCAUCUGUCUGGAACAUAUUUGAAUUAACAGUCACAUUCAUUGGCAUCUUAGAUGUAAUACUUUUUAACACCAGAUCCAUUUCUUAUAAUUUUGUCUUAACUGAAAUAAUGGAAACCAUACCGCUCCUUCGUAUAUUACGCCUUUUGAAGCUCAUAACACCAAAGUUACUGCGAAUAAUAGAUAAAAAAAUGAGUCAUCAGCAGUCUUUUCGGUAUGCUAUACUGAAAGGAUAUAUCCAAGGUGAAAUAGAUUCAAUGAAUAUAAUUGAUGAGAUUGCAACCUCCAAGCAGGUUAAAGAGAUGUUACUAAAGCGAGAAACAAGGAAUAUGAAACGUGCUAUGAAAGAACUAGGCUACUUAGAGUAUGAUCACCCAGAAAUAGGUGUCACUAUGAAAACAAAGGAGGAGAUUAAUGUCCUGCUCAAUAUCGCCACAGAAAUUCUCAAGAGUUUUGGGACAAAAGGAAUUAUUCAUAAAAAUGAAAGUGCUGAAAUUAGUAAGAUAAUCAUGAACAGAAAAAAAGAAGUACAUGAUUUUCAGGCUAUUAUCAAGCCUCUUACUGUUGAAGAGAUCCCGUACCAUAUUACAUGGCUUGAGAAAAACCCAAAGUACAUAGACUUUAUUGAGUCUGGAGCCAGAAUUGUAACAUUUGAUUGUGGAAAUGAUAUAUUUCACGAAGAGGAUGACCCCAAAGGAGUCUAUAUAAUUAUUUCAGGGAUGGUAAAGCUUCAAAGAACAAAGUCAUCAGAUUCGGAGACUGACCACAUUAUCUUGGAAUCAGAGGAGAAAGCCUAUCCCAUAGUUAACACAGACUAUGUGCUUGGUGGGGAAGCGAUAGGAGAAUUAAACUGCUUAACCGAUGAACCAAUGAAAUAUUCUGCCACCUGCAAAACUGUAGUUGAGACAUAUUUUAUUCCCAAAACUCUCUUGUUUGAAGCCUUUGAAAAAUACUAUCCUCUCCUUGAACAUAAAAUGUGGCUAAAAAUUGGACGUGGUGUGGCUGCCAGGAAAACCAGGGAACAUUUGUCUUUUGAGGACUGGGACUAUAUAAUGCAGUUAAAGCUCAGUAACAUUCACGUAAAAGAUAUACCAAGAAUCAUUAAAACUGAUAUCUAUGAAGAAAAUGUAACCUAUGUCUUCCUCAUACAUGGAUCAGUAGAAGAUUGUCACCUCCGGAAAGUGUAUAAUGCUCCUUUUUUGAUUCCUGCAACAUGCCAUCAGAUACAAGGCAUGGAAGAUUACACAAAAGUAGUGGUAACUCGAACUUCAACUGAUGCAAAAAAGAGAAGGAAUUCAGGAAGGUUAUCUAUAUUCGGAAUUCCUUCAGUAUCAGAAUCAUUAGUUGACAAGGUGAGUCUGGUGAGCAAACAGCGCAGUGAAUCUUCUGUGACUGGAGGCCUCCGGUGACUAAAACACUCUUCCUUACAUCAAGAGGGAGCAACUUCAAGUUGAAUCCUGUGCAGUGCUCUUGAAGAAAAGAAGUUUCAACUUUCUGACUAACCUAUUCAAAAUAUGCAUAUAUUUGCAAAAUUUCUUUGACUUAAAAUACCUAUCAGUUCAAUAUUAAAACAUCUCAGAAAAUGGAGUAAGCUUUGGACCCAGAAAAUAAGCUUAUGUCACCGAGAUAAUUUUUAUGUUGCUCUUAGAACAAUAAUAGCUUGAUUUUAUUAAUAAAAUAUUAUUAAAAUAUUAUUU